AUGGAACAUGAAGCUUUCAUCUUCUCUGGCCGAGUUUGGAUUUGUCAAUCUAAGUCAGACUAUAGUCUGUUCAUCAAACACACGACCUCCUCCUUCACAGCUCUAUUGGUUUACAUCGAUGACAUCAUUGUCAUGAGCUUGAACCACACAUCCACGGAUGAAGUCAAGAAGCUUUUGUCCACCAAAUUUAAGAUCAAGAACCUGGGCUCACUAAAAUAUUUUCUUGGAAUGGAAAUCGCUCGUUCAAAGAAUGGCAUUCAAAUUUGUCAAACCAAGUACACCUUGGACAUACUUUCUGAGAUGGGCUUGCUUGUUGCCAAACCCUCCCCUUUGCCAAUGGAACCGAAUAUCAAACUUCAUAAAGACCAAGGUGAUGUUUUUCAAGACCCUACCCAGUAUCGAAAAUUGGUUGGUAAAUUACUCUACCUAACCAAUACACGGCCUGACAUCAGUUACAUCGUUCACCUUCUAAGUCAGUUCAUGGAGACACCACGAGUACCCCAUUAUGAUGAUCUCCUUAAGAUUCUUCGAUACCUCAAAGGCAGCCCAGGCCAAGGUUUAUUUUUCCCCACUACUUCCUCACUACAACUCACAGCAUACUGUGAUGCCAACUGGGCAAACUACCCCGACACCAGGAGAUCAACAACCAGAUUUUGUAUCUUCAUUGGAAAGUCUCUUGUUGCCUGGAAAUCAAAGAAGUAG